CCCGCGUGUUAGGUAUGGCGUGUAGUCGUGAUGUGUCGCACAUAGCUAUAAAUAUGGAUUGAGUUUAGAAAAUACUUCCUAAACAUUAGAGAGAGUGCGGGUAGCUACCAGAUAGAUAGAACAAUACAGGUGGGGGGAGGCGAGGCCUAAAUAUAGUAAGGAUGCUUGGUUCGAGGGCGUCGCGGCCGCCGUCUGUAGGGGUAGUGAUUGCCGCCGCAAUACUAUCAUGGAGCUGCGUCCUCCAGAUAUGUGGCGGUAGUCGGAUUACGAGGACCGACGAUUAUAUUAAUGAUAAUAAUAAUAAACAUCAUUAUUAUAAGCAUACAACUGGCAGCAGCAGUGAUGAGGGGCUUCUCAUCCGCAGGAGUCUUAUCUCAAAUGGACUUGGAGCAACUCCUCAAAUGGGAUGGAGUAGCUGGAAUCAUUUCGCUUGCGCCAUCGAUGAGCAAUUAAUCCGAGAAACUGCUGAUGCAAUUGUAUCAACUGGACUUGCGGCCCUGGGAUACAAAUAUGUGAAUUUAGAUGAUUGUUGGGCUGAACUAAACAGAGACUCUCAGGGCAAUCUAGUUGCGAAGGCUUCGAAAUUUCCAUCCGGAAUGAAAGCGCUAGCGGAUUAUGUUCAUAAUAAAGGAUUGAAGCUUGGGAUUUACUCUAGCGCCGGGAAUAUGACAUGUAGCAAUCAAAUGCCCGGGUCAUUAUGGCAUGAGGAGCAAGAUGCAAAAACUUUUGCUUCUUGGGAAAUUGAUUAUCUAAAAUAUGACAAUUGCAACAACCAAAACAUUAGUCCAAAAGAGAGGUAUCCAACAAUGAGCAAAGCUCUACUAAACUCAGGAAGGUCCAUCUUUUACUCUCUGUGUGAAUGGGGAGAUGAAAAUCCAGCUACUUGGGCACAAUCUGUGGGUAAUAGUUGGAGAACCACUGGAGACAUUGAGGACACAUGGACUAGCCUGACAACUCUGGCUGAUCUCAAUGACAAAUGGGCAGCUUAUGCCGGCCCCGGGGGAUGGAACGAUCCUGACAUGUUGGAGGUAGGAAAUGGAGGCAUGACUACUCAAGAAUACCGUUCUCAUUUCAGCAUUUGGGCUUUGGCAAAAGCACCAUUGCUGAUUGGUUGUGAUGUUCGAUCAAUAGACAACCCCACUCUCGACAUCCUAACCAAUAAGGAGGUUAUUGAUGUAAAUCAAGAUCCGCUUGGUGUCCAAGGUAAAAAGGUUAAAAAAGAAGGCGAUUUGGAGGUUUGGGCCGGUCCCCUAAGCAAUAAAAGGGUAGCGGUGGUGCUAUGGAAUAGAGGGCCUUCAGAAGCAAUCAUUACUGCUGACUGGCCAAUUUUGGGCCUCAGCCCAUCGGCCUUAGUCGAUGCACGAGAUUUGUGGGCUCAUUCAACUCAGACCAAAGUGGAAGGAAAGGUCUCCGCGAGUGUUUAUUCCCACGACUGCAAAUUUUAUGUUCUGACUCCGAACUGAUCUAAUUUAUUGGCGUUACUGGAACGAGAGGCAUUAUAUUUAUACUUUGUAUUCUUAUUUUAAAUGUUACACGAUAUUAUAUAGGUAGACACAAUUAAUAAUGCAAUAAACGGAUAAGAUUUCUUUAGAUUAGAUAUUUGUACCAAAACCAUCGAUACACGCUUACAUAUAUUUGAAUUAAUCAAUAUAUCCACUUCCAAACAAUUAUUGCAGCCAGGUCCAGUCCUGACAUUUUAUGGGCCCGGGGCAAUACAUAUAGAUAGGACUUUA